AUGCAAGGCCUGGGCGUACGACGUCGAGCCUGGCGUGCCACGGUGGUCAGUGACUGGAGCCUUGUGUGCGACAGGGCGUGGCUUGUGCACCUGGUCACCGUGUACUACAACGUCGGCAGCUGCAUUGUCGUGCCACUCCUCGCCCAGCUGUCGGACAAGCGCGGCCGCCGAGGGGUGAUCGUAGCAUGUGUUCCGAUCGCCAUAGCCGCGUCUGCCGCGCAGACGUUCGCCACGGCCUUCUCCGUGUUCCUUUUGGCACGCGUGUUUAUUGCUGCGGCUAUGACUGUGUUGCGAAUAAACACUACCGUGCUCCUUUUCGAGACGACGUCGCCGACUCACAGAGACACCUACGUCCUCAGUGCACAAUCCGGCUACGUGACUGGCAGUAUGGUGGUCACGCUGAUGGAGCAAAGGGUCGUGGACCGCCGGGUAAUCAGCGCCUUCGGCCUGGUCCCAACGUGUCUCCUCGUAUUGAGCAUCUGUUUAGUGGAUGAGUCUCCGCGAUGGCUUCUCGCCACCGGCAACUUAAAUGAGUUCCACCGAGCCAAGAAGCACCUGAUCAACGACGCUGCUAUGAAAGAUACUCCACCGCCUGCCAGUGACGUAACGCAUGGCGCCGACGAACGGCACAGCUUGAGCAUCAAGCAAAAGGAAACUACCACGGAGCAGAUGCAGCCAUCGGUGGUGGAUCCUUUGUCAACGUAUCCCUGA